GUACCGUUCAAUACAAGUCACGAGUAAAGACUAGUAUUCAAUAUUUACCGUUACAGUGGGAGUAUAAUAAUUUUAUCACAUUUCCAGUGCAUGUCUAGCUUUAGUGAUUGUAAACUCUGUGACCAAACUUUAUUACAUUUAUUAUCAGUCUAUAAAUUUAUUUCAUUGUGCAAUAUAAGUGGUGAAAAUUCAAUUAUACGAUGUUAUUUGUAUAUUUUUUUAAAUUUUAAGUUUGAAGUAAUUAAUUAUAUUUGCAUUUUAAUAAUCUAUUAAAGAAUUAUUGUGUGUGUUUUGGCCAGGUACCUAAUCAAUUUUCAUAGCAGAGUUAGAAUUGUACGGUUUUGGACAUAUGGAACCUCUUUAGAGCCGAAUAAAGUGAUUUGGAUACUUGCAGUUAUACGACGUACAUAUUUUGUCCACGCUGAGUAACUGUUACUUUGUUACAGUGAUUUUAUCUAAUACAACAAUGAACUUUAUAAGUAUUGAAUAUAGAUGAUGUUGGCCUAAAAACAAUUCAAUGGGUUAUUUUGUGCCCAUACGACCGAUGGCGAAGCUGCGAAGGGAUAAAAUUUGGCGCUGGCGCUGCCAAUGGAGUGUGGUCACCAUCACGGCUGUAGCGCUAGUCAUUUAUAACGCGGCAGCCAACGUGUGGCUCCUGCGGCCUCAACCCUGUCCCGCCGUAAACACGCCCUCACCGCCGCCAUCGUCAGAAACGUCAUCCUGCGAGCCCUGUAUCGACACUGCCCCUAAUAUUGUAAUGGACGAUGACCCCAUAUCGAGACUGGACCUUAGACUUGGAAGGUGGGACGGUUCUAGGUCCUUUCGAAUGUUUGAUUACGCUACGGUCGGAGAUAUGUAUGCAGAAAUAUCAGGCAAUCGGCGUGUCUGUUUAGCUACCCAAAGUUCAAUUGAGAGGCUACACGAAUUGUUACGGAUAGCAGCUCAUUGGUCCGGGCCAAUAUCUGUCGCUGUAUUUGUCGCUGGAGAUGAGCUAAGACUUUUGAGAGCAUUCGCUACUUGGUUAUUUCGUUGUCAACCAGAAAUAUACUCGCGGCUGGCACUUCAUGCCGCUACGCCAGCAGAGAGACCAGGAACGCCAGGAAGUAUGCCGAAUUGGGCGAAAGAUUGUGAUGCGAUGCCAUUACCACCGGGAGAAAGACGGGCCGAUACGGUCGCAUGGAGAGCGAGACAUCCGUACCCACAAAAUCAUCUGCGGAAUCUCGCAAGAAGGAACUGUCAAACUCCUUACGUUUUCCUCGUAGAUGUGGACAUUGUGCCUUCGAAAGGUAUGGCGGAAUCAUUAGACAAGUUCCUAACAACGGCUCCCAAAUGCCCGUUGUGUGCUUAUGUGGUGCCCACAUACGAACUAGAUAGAAGAGUAGCAAAUUUUCCAGCGAACAAGUCGGAGUUAUUAAGACUAUCAAGAAAUAAAUUAGCUAUACCUUUUCAUAGGAAGGUGUUUAUUUACAACCAGUACGCUUCGAAUUUCUCUAAAUGGGAGGCGAGUGGAGGGAACGAGAGCAUCGACACGCACGUAAGUCACAACGUGACCAACUUUGAGUUAUUGUAUGAACCAUUCUACGUGGCAUCGGACACAGUGCCUGCUCAUGACGAGCGCUUCUUGGGCUAUGGUUUCACUAGGAAUACUCAGGUAUACGAAAUGUUUUUAAUUGGCUAUCAGUUUCGAGUGCUAUCACCAAUCUUCACUAUCCACUGGGGUCUGCAGGCGCGGAGGUCGCGCCCUCUGUGGCGCGAGAAACAGAACGAGAAAAACAGAAAGCACUUCGAGACCUUCAAGAGGGAGUUAUUCGCGAGGUACAGGAGGGAUCCUCUCCACCUAUUGAGGAGGCCUCCGCAGGCGAAGAAAACAUAGGCAUCGCAAGGCCGAGCGACUAGUUUUGCCGGCCUGCUCACUUUAUCAGUACUCGUCAGACUGUUCUGACGACGGGUGGACUCGAAGUUGUGAACACUAAUUUGUGAUAAGUAUGAUAGUGUCAAAUGUUGGGAAAUAUAUAUCAUUGUAUAUGUAUACUCACUGUAACGUGGAAGGUGGUAUCGUAUUUAUAUAGGUAGUAUAUAUAGAUGUAAAGUAGUAUAUGCUAGGGUUUUUAGUUUUCUUUUUAUCGUAAAAUAUACGUAUUUUUAACUAUAUCUUUGAUUGUACAGGUACAUAUAUAAUUGAAUUGUUUGUUUUUUUUUUAUUAUAAUUUCUUUUCCUUAAUAUUCGUAAAUUAUACUAAUAGCUAUUAGAGUAGUUAACUAUAUUUUGUAGAAGAAUUUUUAUUUUCUUCUUGUUAGUAUUAGAUCUAAUACAUUUAAAGUACUUAUCUUUUAUAAUUUUAUAUAUUUAUACAUUUAUUAUAAAAAUCUAUUUUAGUCGAUAUAUAUAUAUAUAUAUAUAUAUAUAUAUAUAUAUAUAUAUAUAUAUGUGUAUAAAAAUUAUAUUUUUGUUAUUUGUCUUGUCUCGUUACCUAUUCUCUAUGCACGCAUAUAAUAUGUACCAAUACUCUGGUAGACACAUGCGUACGAGUAUAAUUGUUGCACUAUUAGUUAAUGUAUUUAUAUUAUAUAUUUUGUUCUAAAUGUCAAGCUUAAGCGAAAUAUUUAUAUAGUAAAUGUGUUGAAUAAUACACAAUAACAAGAUUCGCUGAUAGCUUUAAAAAUCUCUAUUUUAAUUUACACGUGUUUCUUGUUCAACAUUAAAUACCAUCGAAAUGUUUCAGUCCUUGUUAAUAUGGCACUUAAUUUUUGAACAUUAUUAGACAGGUAGAUAGAUAGAUACUCUUUAUUGUUUCCUAAAAAAGAUUACAAUAAUAAACUUAUUCUAGAUAUAAACAAUUACAAGAAAUAAUCACAGUGAGAAAACAAUGGGCGACCUUAUCGCUAAGAGCGAUCUCUUCCAGGCAACCUUUGGAUGGAGAGGAGUAAUUAUAAACAAUUUGGUGGGAGACACGAUGAAGAUCCUAUUAUUUCUAAAUAUGGAUAUGUAAUAGCUUAGAAAGUUGACUGUAAAUGUAGUUAUAAGUGAUCAAUGGCUGUACUAAAUGUUUGUAUUGUAUUAAUUGAUUAUACCAACAACUGAUUGGGCAAUGUGGU